GUCAGUUGUUUAAAGAUUUAGCUCUUGCGACCCUCCUGCCCUGUAGCUCGAGGGAAUGACUCUGUCCUAACUUGUUUUUGGAUUUUUUUUUUUUUUUGUGUCACUUAAAAGAUUAUCUUCUGGGUGGAGGUUAAUGUACUAGAAGUCAAAGAACUUCCAUCUUCAAAGAAUUUCUGAAAAAGAGAUAUUUCAACAAUCUCUGUUUGAGUCUGGAGGUCAGUUCUGUUUGUGAAGAAUCACCCUUACGAUGCAGCGGACUCUGAUGUGUAGAGCCGUACUUGUGGCUCAGCAGGUUUAUGCAGAGAGCUCCGUGCCGGUCCAGACAUUAGCGGCCUUCAGACAAAAAGGCAAUCGCACAAUGUCCUCUUUUUCUGUUCCUGUACCAAGUUGCCUCCUUCAGCCCCUGAAGGUCCCUGACCGCCUUUUACUGGGACCAGGACCUUCCAAUGUUCCUCCACGGAUCCUGUCAGCUGGUGGUAGAGCCAUUAUUGGACACAUGCACAAGGAAAUGUUUGAGAUAAUGGAUGAAAUAAAAAAGGGCAUUCAAUAUGCUUUUCAAACAACCAAUGAGCUGACUUUGGCUGUCAGUGGUUCAGGCCAUGUUGCUAUGGAAGCUGCACUUUUUAACACUUUGGAGCGUGGCGAUAAAGUUCUAAUUGGGGUUCAUGGAAUCUGGGGAGAAAGAGCUGCAGACAUAUCAGAAAGAAUUGGAGCAGAUGUAAAGCGCCUUGUCAAAGUUCCUGGACAGUAUUUUAGUUUGAAUGAAAUUGAACAGGCACUAUCAGAACACCGGCCCGUACUCUUCUUCAUCACACAUGGAGAGUCAUCUACAGGUGUGGUACACCCAAUGGAUGGUCUGGGUGACCUUUGCCAUAAGUAUAACUGCUUGCUUCUAGUGGACACGGUAGCAUCUCUGGGAGGAGCCCCCAUAUACAUGGACAAACAGGGUAUUGAUAUUCUCUAUUCUGGAUCUCAGAAGGUUUUGAAUGCUCCACCUGGAACAGCACCUAUUUCAUUCAGUGACAGGGCCAGACAGAAGAUAGCAAGUCGGAAGACAAAGCCAGUCUCCUUUCACUUGGACAUUGGCUGGCUCUCCAAUUACUGGGGUUGUGAUGGCAAGCCACGAGUGUACCAUCACACUGGGCCUGUCUCUGGUUUCUUCAGCCUUCGAGAGAGUCUUGCAAUAUUAGCAGAAAAGGGACUUGAAAAUUACUGGAAACUCCAUGAAGAAACUGCUCUCUAUCUACAUGAAAGACUUGAGAAUAUUGGAUUAAAACUGUUUGUCAAAGAAAAGCACAUGAGGCUGCCCACUGUGACUACCAUCGCAGUACCAGAAGGGUAUGACUGGAGGGACAUCACAGCAUAUGUGAUGAAGAACUACAGCGUGGAGAUAACCGGUGGCCUGGGACCAUCCGUGGGCAUGGUUCUUCGGGUUGGUCUAAUGGGAUACAACUGCACCAAAGCAAAUGCUGAUCUGGUUGUGAAGGCGUUGGCAGAUGCCCUACAACACUGCAAAAAGAGCAAAGUGUAACCAGAGCCCAAAGUCUUUCUGCUGAUAUGAGUCUUGAUGGAUGCCUGAUUAAAUGGUGGCUAGAGCUUAAUGGAAAGUUAAAGGAUUUAUGAGAAAUUACUCAAGGAUGCAAUAAUCUAAGAAUACAUUAGAACUUGAACUGAAUCUUUCAUUGUGUGCAGUAAAAUGACUAUUCCAACCCUGUUCCUUUGUUUACAAGAUUAAGAUUAUAAAUAAUUUUAGCCUUUAGAGUAAAUGUUGCAGCCAGAGAAGUAGUGAAAGCAGUCACAUAGUUUUUCUCGGCUGUAAUAUAUGUAUUUUUUUUAUUAAUUUGACUAAAGAAGAAUAUUAAACCCCUCAAACAUAUGUAAGGUAUUUUCCAAGAAUGUGGAGGUACACACACAUACACACCUCUUGAAGAGGCCUACCUAUUGCAGUUACCCAAAACCUUUUGUUUUUUACAACUGAAGGUUUUGUAAGUACGUAUUAUUCUGAAAACCAUGGCAUGAUGCUAAUAAAUGUUAAAAAUGGUGAUAAGCUCAACCAGAUUUUUUUCAGUUGAGGUGGAGCCAUAGCAAGUUUUAAUCCAAACCUUGUCAAUGUUCUUCCAAUAUCUGUGUGUAUUUCUAUCCUGAUAAACUGAUUUUCUCUCAGUAUCUGAUGUUGUGCACUUCAGGGUGAUUGGUAUGUCUGAAUUGACAUGGUAUGAGUGUUCAUUGUACCCUAUAAUUAAUAUUACAGCCUUUAAGCCCUCCACCGCCAAGUUUCAAAUAGAGAGAAGGAUAGCACAAUUAAAUCAUAUUUGUACAUAAAAAUCACACAUAAAUGCCACUUCUUUUUGGUAAUAAGACAUUUUAUUGAUCAGAUUGACAGACAUGCUAAAUUUCUAUACAGUGUUAAUGGAGACCAGCUCUGUACCUGUCAGGUCUGCUCCACAGAGCUGUAAGAAUUAAUAUCUUAUUACUCGCCUAUAGCCAGAGGGUCAAACAUUGUGUUUCCAUAUUCCUACUGUUGUGAAAAAUACAGUGAAUCAAUUCAAACUACUUCUAGCUGGUUACUAUAACAAACAUGUGACUGUUACUGGAAAGCUACACAAAGUCAUUCAUCUUGUACACUCAUUUACAAUGAAUAAAAAAAUAAUAAAAUAUAGUGAAAAUGA